AUGUCGACAAGCUACUCCAUCCACUCUGUCGCCAGUACGGACCUCCCAGUCCUGGGGGAGCUUUUGCACACCGCAAAGCUCGCCCUUCCUAUCAACCGGCUUCUAUGGAAAGACUGGCCAAAUGACGCGGCCCAAAAGCCGCAGUACGCCCAAGCUCUCGAGUCAGGAUUCAAGGAACCCUCGAUUGAGAACUUCAAGGCGAUUGACGAUGCAUCCGGUGAAACUGUGGGCUAUCUCGGUCUGGCACGAAAGCAGCCCGUGAAACAAGAAGAAUCCGUUCAGAACUCGAACCCAUCCACGCCGCCCAACCUACCGGAUGGUGUUGAUACAGAAGUCUGUACUGCAGUGAUGAAAGCAGUUGCUGAGAUUGCAGAGGAUACAGAAGGAAUGGAUUGCUUUGAGCUGGUCUACAUGUGUGUGGAUGCUCCGUAUCAGAGACAGGGUAUAGGGUCCCAGCUAAUCCAGUUGGGUUUCCAGAAGACAAGAAAGGAGGGAUUGCCUUUUGUGGUCUGCUCAGAGCCUGCAGCACAUGGCUUCUUCCUUCACCAUGGCUUUCAAGAUACCAGACAUGUUGAUUUAGAUCUCAGUCAGUGGGCACCGCCGUUGAGUGGAUUUGGUAUGUUUCGGCUUUCUGGGAUGGUGUGGUCUCCCUGGUUGCAUUCGUCCCCGGGGAUGAUGUAUAGGACAAGUACAUGA